AUGGCAUCGAAAAUUUUCAUUUGCCUUCUUCUUUUUCUUCUGGUAACUUUCAUGCUUUGUCAACAAGCUGCUUCAGUAUUGAAACACAAAUCUAUUUCAUCAUCAAUAGCUGCUACAAGAAACUUAUCUUUUGCUACCAAGAGAAUUAACCACAGCAACACACAAAAGCAAAGUAUUAGAAAAAUGUCCAAGUCAGAUAACGAAUGGAGAGCAAUUCUCUCACCAGAGCAAUUCUACGUUUUGAGAGAGAAGGGAACUGAACCUCCAGGAUCAGGAAAGUACAACAAAACUCCAUCAUCAAGCAAGGGCGUUUAUGAAUGCGUCGCUUGCCACAAUCCACUCUACAAGGCUAGCACCAAAUUUGACUCAGGAUGUGGAUGGCCUGCUUUUUAUGAUGCCAUUCCAGGUGCACUUAACGUCCAUACCGACAAAAGUCACGGUAUGACGAGAAAUGAAAUCACAUGUGCCAAAUGUGGUGGCCACUUGGGACACGUUUUCAAAGGUGAGGGAUUCAACACCCCAACCGAUGAGAGACACUGUGUCAACAGUAUUUCACUUCACUUAAACCCAGACAAGACUCAGUAA